CUUGAAGCGUGGGUGCGGACUUCAGUCGCGUGCGACGCGCGCUCUCAGCCGCUACGUGUUCCUCUGAUUUCUAACGCCGCUGAGAAUGAACGUGAAUGCGAAGGACGCGCGCGUGAAAUUGGACAUAUAUUUACGGAUUUAUUAGAAUUUUCAUGAUGACGGGUGUGACGGAAUUAAUUUUUUCACUGUAAUAAAUUUUUUGCGAUACCAAAGUGUACUCGGAGUACUAAUCGGGACCGGCGAGUAAAUCGAGAAAUGAAUCGUGGAUAUUAUAGCGAUAAAAAUGCAGCGUAAACGAUAAAGACUCGCGGUCGCGGCACGUAUCGGGAACGGUAUGCUAUUUUCGAUUGGCUUUCGAUUACGUGGAAUCGAAAUUGACGAGUUUAAUGAGAUGGAAUACGAGUUUCGUAAUGCAGUUUGAAUGAUGCCGGUUGAGAAAAUUGUAAUUAAAACUUCUCACAGACAGAAAUUACUAAGAGAGAAAGAAAGCUGAAAAGAGAGAGAGAGAGAGAGAGAGAGAGAGAGAGGAAGAAGGGUGAAAAAGAGAAAGAAAGAGAAGAAAAGAGGUGCAAGACGGAAAGUAGAAGUAACAGCGUUUCAUAAACAAUAAUAUUCGUCAAUGAGCCAAACAAAUUCUCUAGCUUUGAAAAUUAACAACGCGAUAAUCCAAUCGCGUUUGACUGUCUAUCUCUAUCAGUUGAAGUGGAGGUAGUCAAUCUAAAGUUUGCAUUUCUUAUCCGCGCCGAUGUUUUUUUUUUCAAAAAGGUUCACGGAAGUCGUGCUUUCUGACCGAUUAAGUGGAAAUGAUAUCUAUAAUAAGAGCCGUCGAUGUUGAAAUAUUUCGGUAAAUAUUAAAUGUUUGUACACAAUUUUUACGAUCGACUGUCGCCGAAAGAUUUAAGAUAAAAGAGCGAUUAGUGGAUGCUAACGAUAAGCGGAAUACAUAGAUUCUCGUCACCCUUGGGAAUUAACGAUAAAUAUGAGGGACAAGUUCACAUUCAACUCGGGGGUGCCGGACAUGCACGAGACCCUGUCUAGCUUCCCGGAACAGUUUGGGGAUGGCCCGAGAAAACCGGAAAUAAAGCCGGAAAUUCCGAAGGAGACGGAUAGAACCGCGGACAAUCUGAAAUGCGGUUGGUUCUGGUUCAGGCCAAUUUACUUGCAGAAAUUUCGCACUGCGAAAUGGGCACUUUUCUGGCUGUGCUGGGCUGGGGCGAUGCAAGGAAUGGUCGUAAAUGGUUUUAUAAAUGUCGUCAUAACAACGAUAGAGAGGAGAUUCGGACUGAAAUCGUCGGAGACCGGCUUAAUAGCGGGCGGAUACGAUAUAGCUAGCUUCCUUCUUCUCGUACCAGUAAGCUAUCUCGGCGGCCGCGCGAAAGCAUCGAAACCAAGGUAUAUCGGCGUAGGGAUUCUAGUCUUAGGUAUAGGUAGCCUGCUGUUUGCGUCUCCGCAUUAUCUCGCCGGACCGUAUAGAGGAGGUCAGCAAACAGAGAACAUAUGCCAAAGUGUCGCCAAUAUAUCGAGCCAUUCGAUAUCCUGCGCGGAUCAAUCUACCGAUCAAGCGGAGCUAGAGCCUUACAGUGGCGUGUACUUAACCAUAUUUCUGGUAGCUCAGCUGUUACACGGCGCCGGUGCGGCGCCCUUUUAUACGCUCGGGGUUACGUAUCUCGACGAAAAUGUUUCGAAGAAGAUGUCUUCGGUGUAUCUAGGUAUUUACUAUACUAUGGCCAUAAUAGGACCCGCGCUGGGCUACGUCGUCGGUGGCGAGUUGCUGAAAAUUUACACCGACUUUCUCACGGUGGACUCCUCAACGAUUGGGUUAACUUCUGAUAGUAAUGUCUGGAUUGGUGCAUGGUGGAUCGGUUUUUUGGCAGCGGCUGUCAUAUGCUUCGUCAUCGCGAUACCGGUUUUGGCGUUUCCGGCAAUUUUACCCGGAUCGGAGGAAUUAGCCAAGGAUCGGGUGUCAGAAGCGCACGAGAAAUCGACUCGAUCUUCCACCGCGGCGACGGGGGAAGCGUUUUCCAAGAUACGAGAGCUGCCGCGCGCUUUGACCGAAUUACUUGGAAACCCGGCAUUUUUUAUGCUGAACUUGGCAGGUGCCAGUGAAGGGUUGCUGAUCGCCGGAUUUGCCGCUUUCCUACCGAAACUGAUUGAAAAUCAAUUCAGCGUCAGUGCCAGUUCGGCCGCGUUGCUGAUGGGAUUGGUGACUGUACCGGCGGGAGGCGGCGGUACUUUUCUCGGUGGCUACCUGAUUAAACGCUUCAACCUGCCCUGCUCUGGCAUUUUAAAAUUUUGUUUACUGGCUACAACCGCCUGCAUCGCUUUCACGCUGUGCUUCGCUCUAAAUUGCCCGAACUUAGAUUUCGCUGGAUUGACUGUGCCCUACCAAAACAUCACGAGAAAGAUCGCAUUGUCUCUUGAAAACACCUGCAACAAUGGCUGCGGAUGCUCCCGAUCGCAUUUCGACCCUAUAUGCGGCGUGGACGGGAUUACCUACUAUUCACCCUGUCAUGCCGGAUGCUAUCGGGAAACACCGAUGAACAAUGUCAAAAUAUACACGGAUUGCAGCUGCAUACACGCACCGGCGAUGAAUUUGACGAGCGAAGGUACCGGCGACGUCGUCCAGUACGAAGCUAUCAAUACCACCUGCACAAGCUCAUGCUCGUACCUGUGGCUGUUCAUCGUUCUGGCAUUUUGCAACAUGUUCAUGACCUUCCUGUGCACAAUGCCAGCGCUCUCGUCCACCCUGCGAGUCGUCCGCGACGAUCAGCGAUCGUUCGCCUUAGGCAUACAGUGGAUCAAGGUGCGGAUUUUGGGAACGAUACCGGCGCCCAUGGUGUUCGGCGCUCUUAUAGACGACACUUGUAUCUUGUGGAACGAAACGUGCGACGGCAGAGGAGCGUGCCUCGUGUACGACAAUUACUACAUGAGCAGAUACAUGCUCGCGCUGGCAUUCAUCGGAAAAGCGGCUUCGCUUCUUUUCUUCUUCUUAGCGUGGUGGACGUACGUCCCGCCGAGCACCAGAGGCAUCGAUCAGAAUUCCCGGCAGCAAACGACAGCUACUUUAAUGCUAAGCGACACGUCUCAAGAAAUUGAAAUAGUACCGACUACGAUAGCGUAAUCUCGGAUUAGUUCGUGUUUUCCUUAUUUUUUUUUUUUAGGAAGUUAUUCUUUUUUAGAACUGCUAUUUUAUAGAAACGGUAGGAUAGAAACCGUGGAUUAUACACGGAUAGACAAAUGUUCCAACAUUUCUUUUUUUUUUUACGGUGAGAUACGCAAAUCUCUGAGAAACAUUGGUGACUCAACAAGUUAUAACGAGAAUAUCAUCGCAAGUACAUAAGAUAGCAAGAUAGGAUAAAUGCGUGUAUGUCAAUAUACAGUAUGAACAAAAAUUGUCACAAAAAUCCUUUUUGCACGUUAAAAAGAUAAGUUUUUGAUAUAGCCCUACAGCCGAACAUAGCUCGGAAGCUAUAGAUUCGGAAUUCAAUCAGGGGACGUUAAAACAUAUCCGAUAGUCGUGCCAAAGAGCCUAUAUAAUACACAAAAUUUCUGCAUUUUCUUUCGUACCUUUACAUAUAAUGGAUUUAUAAUGCAAUUCCAUUAUAAGUCCUAAUGCAAUAAAUUUAUAAGUCCUAAUGCAAUAAAUUUAUAAGCAUAUAGGCCAAAUAUCCAUUUCGCGCAGCUCCAACUUUCCCUAAUGUAAACUUUUAUAACCCUACAUUCGCUGACUGUCAAUUAAAAAUUAAUUAACUGUAUUUCCUAUAAUGAUAAAUAUCGAUAGUACUUUAUAUCCAAAAAUGUGACUUAUGUGAAUUUCGAAGACGGUUUUACCAUGUAUCAGCCUUGGUAGUUGUCGUAUACUAUAUUACCGAUUUGAUAUUACACUUUCUACGCCGUUUUUCGCUAUAAUUAUUUUUAUUAAACGAAAAACGCCAGUAUGCCUAGAGCACGUAUUUAUACAUGUCAGUAAUAAAAAGCUAAUGAGGUAUGUUACACUUCAA